AAAAAGAAAAAGAAAAAGGAAAAUAAACGUUGGGAAAAGGAAGGAAGAAACGGAAUAAAAUGCGCCCAAGGUUUUCAUCACCUAUCGCCCACAGUUCCUCUUCUUCACCUACUGAUCGGAGAUUAAGCGCUCUAGUUCGACACUUGCUUGUUGAGAACUCGGAUCCUUCUGCCAUGGCUCCCGUCUCUGCUUCUCCUACUUCUGCUUCCAAUGGCCUCGAUUCCGUCUUCGCUCACAUUGUUCAAGCUCCUGAGGAUCCUAUUCUCGGGGUGACUGUUGCCUACAACAAAGACCCAAGCCCGAUUAAAAUGAAUUUGGGAGUUGGAGCUUAUAGAACAGAGGAAGGGAAACCUGUUGUUCUGAAUGCCGUGAGGAAAGCAGAACAGCUUCUUGUUAAUGACGUUUCACGUGUGAAGGAGUAUCUUCCUAUAGUUGGACUUGCGGAAUUCAAUAAAUUAAGUGCUAAGCUCAUUCUUGGUGCUGACAGCCUUGCAAUUCAACAGAACAGGGUUACUACUGUUCAGGGUUUAUCUGGAACUGGCUCGUUGAGAGUUGGUGGUGAAUUUUUGGCAAAACAUUAUAAUGAACGCACUAUUCUCAUACCCCAGCCAACAUGGGGAAACCACAUAAAAGUUUUCACUUUGUCAGGAUUAACUGUGAAAUUCUACCAGUAUUAUGAUCCAGAAACACGUGGACUCAAUUUCCAAGGUCUCUUGGAGGACUUUGAAUCGGCGCCUUCUGGAGCUAUUGUGCUGCUUCAUGCAUGUGCUCAUAACCCGACCGGUGUUGAUCCAACCCCUGAUCAGUGGGAGCAGAUCAGGCAACUGAUUAGGUCAAAAGCAUUAUUGCCUUUCUUUGACAGUGCUUAUCAGGGUUUUGCUAGUGGGAGUCUGGAUGCAGAUGCGCAGCCAAUUCGUAUGUUUGCUGCUGAUGGUGGUGAAUUACUUGUGGCUCAGAGUUAUGCCAAGAACAUGGGCCUCUACGGGGAACGUGUUGGCGCGCUAACUAUUGUCUGUAAGGCAGCAGAUGUAGCGAGCAGGGUUGAAAGCCAGCUGAAGCUUGUGAUUAGACCCAUGUAUUCCAAUCCACCCAUUCAUGGCGCAUCUAUUGUGGCUACCAUCCUCAGAGAUAGGAACUUAUAUGAUGAAUGGACUGUUGAGCUCAAGGCUAUGGCUGAUCGGAUCAUUAGCAUGCGCCAGCAGCUUUUUGAUGCCUUACAAGCUAGAGGUACACCUGGUGACUGGAGUCACAUUAUCAAACAGAUUGGAAUGUUUACUUUCACUGGAUUGAAUUCUGAACAAGUUGCCUUCAUGACUAAAGAAUAUCACAUAUACAUGACAUCUGAUGGGCGAAUUAGCAUGGCCGGUCUGAGCUCCAGGACAGUUCCUCAUCUUGCAGAUGCGAUACAUGCGGCCAUCACUCGUGGUGUUUAGACCUGUGUCAAACAACAGCGCUGUAUGGUUGAACUCAUCUAUGUCUUAAUAUUUCUGUUAAAAUAAACAUAUCUAUCCUCUUACAUUGAGGUCAAUGGAUGUGGUGUAUAAUUUAGAGUGGGAACUGGAAGCUUUUCUGUCUGAAAUAUUUAAGAGGACUGUUCCAGUAAUUAUAUCAUAAGAAUUUCAUCUUUAUAA